AAGUGAUGGUAGCCCCGCAAUCCCCACUUCCCUAGCAACCUAAUUGGCUCCUUAGCGACGUAAAGUGGCUGUGCAGUCCUUGGUCCCGCCAUGCCAGUGCGAGUGAGCGAGUUCAGCUGGCAGCAGACACCGGCCGCACUCUUCCUGUCGCUGCCUCUACGCGGCGUCUGCGUGCGCGAUGCUGAUGUGUUCUGUGGGGAAAGUUACCUGAAGGUUAACUUUCCUCCAUUUUUAUUUGAGGUGUUUCUCUAUGCUCCCAUAGAUGAUGGGAAGAGCAAAGCCAAGAUUGGAAAUGACACGAUUCUCUUCACAUUGUAUAAAAAGGAGCCAGUUCUGUGGGAGAGCCUUUCUAUGCCAGGCGUUGAUAAAGAGAUAAUGCAGAGAAUAAGAGAAAAAUCUAUCUUGCAAGCACAGGAGAAAGCAAAAGAGGCUACAGAAGCGAAAGCUGCUGCCAAGCGAGAAGAUCAGAGAUACGCCCUAGGCGAGAUGAUGAAGAUUGAAGAGGAAGAGAGGAAAAAAAUAGAAGAUAUGAAAGAAAAUGAACGGAAAAAAGCAACCAGAGAAUUAGAAGCGUGGAAAGAAUGCCAAAAGAAAGCUGACGGACAAAGACGAGUCCACAGGAAGGAGAAACCGCUACAGGGAAAGCAAGCUGAAGAGAGGCGAGCACUAAAACCUCAGAAUUUGCCCCGGAAGGCCCCGCCCACUCGCCUCCCCACAAGAGGGAGGAAUUGGGAAAACAUAUUCUCUGAGAAGUUAAAGGAAGACAGGGUCCCUGCACCUCGCUCUGCUGGCAGCAUUCAGAUCAGCUUUACCCCUCGAGUGUUCCCAACCGCUCUACGAGAAUCCCAAGUUGCAGAAGAGGAAGAGUGGCUGCAUAAACAAGCAGAGGCCCGGAGAGCCAUGAGCACUGAUCUUCCAGAAUUUUCUGACUUAAAAGAAGAAGAGAAGAAUCCAGACUGGUUGAAAGACAAGGGAAACAAAUUGUUUGCAACAGAAAACUACUUGGCAGCGAUUGACGCCUAUAAUUUAGCCAUACGAUUGAACCGUAAGAUCCCAGUACUGUAUUUGAAUCGGGCUGCUUGCCACCUCAAGUUAAAAAACUUACACAAGGCCAUUGAGGACUCUUCUAAGGCACUAGAAUUAUUGACACCACCUGUUGCCGACAAUGCCAAUGCAAGAAUGAAGGCACAUGUCCGACGAGGGACAGCAUUCUGCCAACUAGAGUUGUAUGUUGAAGGCUUGCAAGAUUAUGAAGCUGCACUUAAGAUCGACCCAGCCAACACAGUUGUACAGAAUGAUGCCGAGAAGAUUCGGAAUAUAAUUCAAGGGACAACACUGAAGUCUCAUGACUAGAUAGAUACAGCUCGGUAUAGCAGUCCCUGCACGUACUCUAGCUCUGUAAUGCACAGUGUUAGAGGUUCUUUGCAAUGGCAGUGCUUGAGGGAUCAUUUCCAAGGUAAAAACUAUCUCUCACGGCCUUUGAUCCCAGUACUGGGAAGGCAGAGGUAGGCAGGUCUCUGUGAGCUUGAGGCCAGCCAGAGCUACACAGCGAGAUCCUGUUUCAAAGUACAAAAGGAAGCACAGAGAAGGGGCCAUGUGAAUCUUCAGUCUUAGGACAGGGCUUGGGCUUUGACAUUGCUGUUCUGAACCGCCUGUGCGUGCCCUUGGAAUUAAGCUGUUGGCAUUUCCAGGAUACUAUGGAGGAAUCAACAGGAUAGAAUUUCCACAUAUAAGAUUGUGCUUAUAAAGUAUUUUUAUUAUAUUAAAUAUAGUAUUUCAUUCUGAAUGAUUGGCUUUGGUAUAGACAAUUUUUAGUCACUUACAGAUACACAUAACCGUAUUUUGUUCUUUAUAUUAUUUGUUGUUUGAGUCUAGACCAGUUACAGUGUAAUAUGUAUUGCAUACCAACCCUGGGUCUGCUGGGUAAAAAGAUGUAGAAUGCCAGGCUAGCCUGGGCAACAUAGUGAAAUUGUCUCACGAAAAAGUGAAGAAAUAAACAACAGAAAAACAA